AUGGAUGAGCAAUUGCAGCGUGCUGCUAAUAAGGGAGAUUUAGAUAUGCUCUAUCGUGCGUUGGCUGAAAAUCCUCAUGCUUUCGACCAUCUUGAUAAAAUGCAAGUUGUUAAAACCCCUUUGCAUAGAGCUGUAAGUGAGGAGAAAAUCAAUUUUGCUAUAGAGAUCAUGAGGCUUAAGCCAAGUUUUUCCAAGAAGCUAGAUGCACGAGGGUUGAGCCCCAUGCACCUUGCAUUGGAAAAAAAGCAGAUCCGGACUGUGCAUCGAUUCCUAGAGACGGACAAUGGGGCAGAACUUGUCCGUGUCAAAGGGAAGGAGGGUGUUACUCCUCUGCAUUAUGUAGUUGAACAGGGAGACCUCAAACUCCUGAAUGAGUUUCUAUCCGUUAGCCCUCGUUCCAUCACUGACACGACGAAUCGGGGUGAAACUGCUCUGCACAUCGCUGUUAAGAAUGGAAAUACCGAAGCUUUAGAAGCUCUAUUGGUAUUCCUUCGAAGGUCCUGGAAUGAUGAGGCCCUACACUUGGAGGAGAAAGUUCUCAACUGGCAGGAUGAAGAGGGUUACACUGUAUUGCAUGCUGCAGCGAAAAUGAAUCAACUCCAGGUGUUAAUGAUGAUGAAAUUGUUACUAAAGUGUAACGUCCAUGUGAAUGCCAUAAGUCUGGAUGGUUCAACGGUACUGGACAUUGUUUCCGAACUAGUUAAUACAGCAUGA